CAGAAAGCUGUGUAAGAAUUUUUAUUUCGCCUGCUAGAACUAUCUUGGUUUCUUGGAAAAUUAAACAUUUUCCUGUAGUAAGUAUAAAGAACUUGAAGUCAUGCAGAAUAUGAUCAAAAUAUUACAGUGUAACAGCGUUGACUGUAUGAAAAGUAAGUGACUAAUAAUUUGAUAUGCUUUACUCUGAAGACAACACUGACAAUGAACAAGAAGAUUUGCCUUAUGAUGGAGAUCUACAAGACAGAGAUCAAUAUAGUUGUGAUUCACUGAAUUGGGAAGCAUUUAUUUCUGUAGAACAUGCCUCUCCAAGUGUUUCCACAUUGACACCUUCUCCUAUGAGCAGCCAUACAAAAGAACAAUCAGAUUGCAAAAUACAGCUAUCUCAAAGGAAGACAAAUAUGGCACUGUUGACCAAAAAAAAUGACAUAGAAUUUACCAUGACAACAGAAAAGGAAAUACAAGUUGGGGGUUUUAACAGUUCAGGAAGAAAUGAAGAGUUUUUAAACUCAAAAAUGGCAGAUGUCCUUUUACGUCAUUUUCCAAAAGAAGACUUAACAACAUGCCAAUUAAUUGAUUCUGAGACUAUCCCAGAGAUAUCAUUUACUGACAGUUUUGAUGAAACAGUGCUAAAUAAAAUUAAGAUUUCAGAAAAUACAGGGAUAUUUUGCCCAGAAGAAGAAAUAAAGAAUAUUGAAAGAAAAGUAAAUUGUAACUCAGUUGUCAAAAAUUGGGAUUUGACCCAAGAUGAGGCAUCUCUAAUGCCCGAGAGUGCUAAUAAUCUUGUCUGUAAUAGCAAAUACUGCAAAGUGGAUAAUUCACAAUUUGUAAUUCAGAAAGAACCUGCAAUUAAUGAAGACUUAAAUUAUAUCUUGACCCCCAAAGAAGAGUAUCAAAACCAAGAAUAUUUUCUGGAAAACGCUGAAUAUUUUCAUAAUCCCAAAUACAGUGAGCACCAGGUUUAUUAUAGGCUUCGUGAUUCCUCUGAGAUUGCCCCAAAAGCCGAAGAAUUAAAAGGAAAUAACGAAAGCUUUGUAUUUAAAAGAACCAAAUCUUCCCUAAAUUUGUUUAGUAAAGAUGUUCUAGAAGCAAUUACAUUUUUGGAAUCUGAUACAAUCAAAAAUCAAGAAGAAGAAAAAGGAAUAUUUGAACUCAAUCAACAACUAGAGAUGCUGACAAAACAAGCUGAGGUUCAAAACCAUAUUGAUCAUCUAAGGUUUAGUCCUAAGAUACCUCAUUGCUCAAAUUCGCAUACCUCAGAACUUAAUACUAAAGCACAAAGUACUGGAAUAGCUUCCAAAAUGUUUGUAUUUUCACCUGUAACCAUACCCGUGGAGGACAUGCUUGAUUUCUCCCAAUCCCCUCAUUCAGAAUCACAGUCUAAAAAAAUAACUUCAUCAUUACCGUCAGCUGAUACAGUAAGAGGAUCAUCUGUGAACCCUCCUUUUCUGCAAAAUAUAACAGAUGACAAGGAACAGACAUUAAAGAAGCAGACUGAAGAGCUGAAAGCAAAUGUUGAUAUAUUUUCUGAGUGUAUUAAACAGGAUGUAUUCUCAGUACAAGAACACCUUCAGUUUUUGCAACUUUUAAAAGAACAACUAGAGCAACUGGAACAGAAUUAUAUAGCUACCAAGGAAAAGCAUCAUGCUUUGCAACUUCAAAAUCAUAAGCAUUCUUCAAGAAAUAUUGGAGAAUUUGAUCCUAACAGAAAAGUAGAAGGGGAAAUAUUUAAACUUGGGAUGCUCCUUGAAGAUAUCAAAGAGAAAAUUGAGAAGACAUUCAGUCCAUAUUCCUCAACAUAUAUAAUAUCACCGUCACUCAAACCCCAUCAGGCUCCUGCUUGUUCAAGCUAUUCUGAGAGUCCUUUGAUUAGAAGCAUCAGCGAAUCUCCAAAAAGGAAUGUUGCAGGAGUAAAUAUUCCCCAAAAUGAGAACUAUUGGAAGAAUCUAAGACAUCCUAUAGAAUUAACUACGCAGAAAGCAUAUAAAAAAUCUAUACAAGGUGAUAGCAACCAUCCCUUCCAGCAAAAUCAUCUAGAAUUGCAAAAGAAAAAUAUCUGUGAAAAAACAAUGGCAUCUGUGGACAAAGCAAGAGAGCUAACAAAUAAGCAAUCUAUUCAUAUUGAAGAAUUUGAACAAUACUACAGACCCCUUAAAAUAAAUCAGAAUUAUAAUAAAGGACAAGAAAAUACAGAUGGAAAUAAAAAAAUGGAAUACAGAAAAGCAAACAGAGGAAAUUCUGACUAUGAAAAAUUUUCAAUCUCCUUUGAAGAAAAGCCACUGGAUUUAGAUGUAACAGGUUCUUCACAAAAGAAUAGCAUUGCCCUUCAAAGGAUUUGUAAAGAUAAACAAAGAGAAUAUUUUAUAGACAGAUUAUGUGACAGGCAGAAUCUAAAUAUUCCCCAAACGCGCUAUUCAAAGAUGCAUGAUACCAUUAUCCUUUCACCACAGUACCUCUCUGGUAGGAAUAUCAGUGGAAGGCAGUCGAUCAGUAAUCGGAGAAAAAGGCGAAGCAAAGACACAAAUAGCAUGAUAUUAAACUCCACUUUGGAUCAUGCUAUUCAGGCGGCAAACAAUUUGAAGAAAACAACAGAACACAUGAUGCAAGCUGUCUUAGAAGAUUUAGCCAAGGUUAAAAUUCAGGCAUUAUCCAGCGGCACAGCUCAUCAGUACUGACAGUGCAUUUUGAAGAAUAAACUGAAUCUAAAAGAGAGAAGACUUCCAUGCAUAAAAAAAUUAAAUAUACCAUUGUAAAAAGAAAGAAACUUCUCAUGUUGGUUUUGAUGUAGCUAAAUCCCAUGUUCUAAAUAAAUCUAAUUAUUUUUGUUAUGCCACAUAUCAUCUUAGAUAUACCAAACAGUAUCUUACUCAAUUUUAGAUCAUAAAAUGUUUUUGUUUUCUUAAAAAGUAUAUGGUUCUUUGUAAUAAAAUAUCAU